AUGCGCACCUCCGGGGGAAUGGACACACUUGAAGCUCGGACUUGGGGGGGAAGGAGGAACACCAUUCUGCCUUGCCAAGACCAGUACUUUGUAGGAGGCCAGAGCUAUAAUUGCCCGUAUUCCACUACAACGUCAGAAUCUAGUGUUGAUGUUUCCACGGAUACUUGGGUCUCUUUCUGGGCUGCUGGUCUCCUGGACAACAGAGAGCCCCAACAAGCACCACAAGCACAGGUCUUACCAAAUAUAACAGUUCAGAGAAGAAAAGACUCUAGUUUUGAUUCCUUUGUAAUUCAGAGAUGUAAUUUUCAAAUAUCACUCCCCCAGAAAUUGUUGUCAUCAGAUGAGUUCUCCAAAGUAUGUGGAAAAUUCAGAAAGGGAAAGAGGAAACCCAAAGAGCAAAGAUACUCUCCUGCUGAAAUUCCCCAUCCCAAAAACGCCAAGAGAAGCCUCUCUAGUGAAUUUGCUAACUGUGAAGAACAGCCUGGGCCCCCUGUGGAUCCCUGGGUCCUUCAAACACUUGGGUUAAAAGACCUCAACACCAUUGAUGACACCUUGUCAGCUAACUACAGUGCCUUCUCCUCUCAUCCCAGAAGAGUCACCAGCGCGUUUUCUCAGUAUCCAGAUGAUGCAGCUGAUUAUGAAAAUGUCCCCAGAGAAGAUCUGCCAAUUGACUGUGGAGGUGAUGGAACAACCCCCUUACAUAGCACUGCCACUCGUGGGGAAGAUUUUCCCUUCCUUUCGCAACUUUCAAAUCCCCCAGUGGGGCUGCAAAAUCUUCCUUACUAUACUGCUAACGUGUCACCCAACAAGACAGAGAUGGCCUUUUCCACGUCCCUGAGCCCUCACUGUAAUGUGAAAACUCAUUCCUUCCACCAGGGACAAGCUUUUGUGCGUCGAGAUGAGGAGGGAGGCUGGAAGUUUACCUGGGUCCCUAAGCAGUCUUAG